AUGAGCUCUAUUACUCGCCCAGCUGUCACUAUGGCCGAUGCCCUUAGAAUGCUUUCGUCUAAUUUUCAGUCUGUUACCAACAUCCAAGGAUCAUUGGAGCUACUAAUUGAUUUGAAUGCUUCUCUUCAAUUUCUUCGACAGUACAACAUCAAGAUGCUCGCCACUAGAAAGCGACCGAACACAGAGGCUAUCGAGGAGCUCAUCUUUUGCAAGAGAACCACCCCUAUUGUUUCUGCUCCAAAACCGAAAUCACUCACGGCUACCAAAGAAGGACCAGCGCGACGUCACCAAUCUAUCUCAACUCAAACUACUCGCGAUGAACAGCAAAAACGAAUCGCCCGAGACUUUCAACGAAGAAAAGCUGUUGAAGCUGCUAGAAUGAAGGAUUCCGAGGAGAAACGUCGUCAACAGUUGAUGGUAAUCGAGGAGUACAAACAGCAACGACUUCAAGCAGUUCGAUUUGGAGGAUCCGAUUUUAAAGAGAACCAGAAACCAAAGGGAAAACGUGGAAAUUGCUUCAAAUGUCGUUUUUAA